AAGACCCAGCGAGAUGCUCUGGGAAAGACAUACAGAAGGAGAUUUGCAUUCCAGAUCACAUUUCCUUUUUACUUUGGUUUUACCUUGCAAGCCUAGAGAAGCAGAAAAUUGUUUGUGUGACCUCUUCAAAGAGAAACCUUGGCAAAGGCAGGGCAUGGCAUGAAGUCCUGCAGGAGCUGCAGACCUACCCAUUAGCAGCAGGUUUCUCACAGCAAGCCUGAUGAUAUCUGCCGGGCAGUAGCUGCAGUUUGCAGUUAAUAAUGCUUGUAAGCCAGAGGUGAAAGUGUCUCAGCAGAGCAACAUCGGGAAAUCUGGAAGACUGGAAGAGAACAGCUGCCCCCGGGGCAGCUGCUAAGUGUGAAGCAUGGAGGAAAGUAAGAAUGAGAAGGUGAACCAAGCUCAUGUUCUCUUUGACAAAUUUGUUCAGGCUUCAACCUGCAAGGGGACUCUCAAGGCUUUCCAAGAGCUCUGUGACUACCUAGAAUUAAAGCCCAAGGACUAUCGUUCUUUCUAUCACAAACUCAAGUCCAAGCUAAACUACUGGAAAGCCAAAGCCUUGUGGGCCAAAUUGGAUAAAAGAGGCAGCCAUAAGGAUUAUAAGAAGGGGAAAGCGUGCGCCAACACGAAGUGUCUGAUAAUUGGGGCUGGACCCUGUGGCCUUCGUACAGCCAUCGACCUAUCAUUCCUAGGAGCCAAGGUUGUGGUCAUAGAAAAGAGGGAUGCCUUUUCCCGUAAUAAUGUGCUGCAUUUGUGGCCAUUCACCAUACAUGACUUGAGGGGUCUUGGCGCCAAAAAGUUUUACGGCAAAUUCUGUGCAGGAUCCAUAGACCAUAUCAGUAUCCGUCAGCUCCAGCUUAUCCUUUUGAAAGUUGCCUUGAUCUUGGGAAUAGAGAUCCAUGUUAAUGUGGAAUUUCAGGGGCUUGUUUACCCUCCGGAGGAUCAGGAGAAUGAAAGAAUAGGCUGGCGUGCAUUAGUCCACCCAAAAACCCAUCCAGUAUCCGAGUAUGAGUUCGAAGUAAUCAUUGGAGGGGAUGGAAGGAGGAACACCUUAGAAGGGUUUCGCCGAAAAGAGUUCCGUGGUAAACUAGCAAUUGCUAUCACAGCAAACUUCAUCAAUCGCAACACCACAGCUGAAGCCAAAGUAGAAGAGAUCAGCGGUGUGGCCUUCAUAUUUAACCAGAAGUUCUUCCAGGAUCUACGAGAAGCCACAGGUAUUGACUUGGAGAACAUUGUCUACUACAAAGAUGAUACACACUACUUUGUCAUGACUGCCAAAAAACAGAGCUUGCUGGAAAAAGGAGUGAUACGGCAUGAUUAUGCUGAUACAGAGUUAUUACUCUCACGGGAGAACGUGGACCAGGAGGCUCUGCUAAACUAUGCCAGAGAAGCAGCUGACUUCUCCACUAAUCAGCAGCUACCAUCGCUGGACUUCGCCAUCAAUCACUAUGGUCAGCCCGAUGUGGCCAUGUUUGACUUCACGUGCAUGUAUGCAUCGGAGAACGCAGCCCUGGUGCGAGAGCAGAAUGGCCACCAGUUACUUGUGGCACUGGUUGGGGACAGUCUCUUAGAGCCGUUUUGGCCAAUGGGAACUGGAAUAGCCAGAGGAUUUUUGGCUGCUAUGGACUCUGCUUGGAUGGUACGAAGUUGGUCACUUGGAGCUAGUCCUUUGGAAGUUCUUGCAGAGAGGGAAAGCAUUUAUAGACUACUGCCUCAGACCACCCCUGAGAAUGUGAGUAAAAACUUCAGCCAUUACAGCAUUGAUCCUGCCACCCGGUAUCCCAAUAUCAACGUCAACUUCUUGCGCCCACAGCAGGUACGGCACUUGUAUAAUACAGGAGACUUGAAAGACAUUCACCUGGAAAUAGAAAACUUUGUGAACUCCAGGACACCAAAGCUGACUCGAAAUGAGUCUGUAGCUCGCUCUAGUAAAUUGCUCAGUUGGUGCCAGAGGCAGACUGAUGGGUAUGCUGGUGUAAAUGUGACGGAUCUCACAAUGUCAUGGAAAAGUGGCCUAGCUUUGUGUGCCAUUAUCCACAGAUACCGUCCAGACUUAAUAGACUUUGAUUCUUUGGAUGAGCACGAUGUGGAGAGGAAUAACCAGCUGGCCUUUGACAUCGCUGAAAAAGAGUUUGGAAUAUCUCCCAUUAUGACUGGAAAGGAAAUGGCAUCUGUCGGAGAGCCAGAUAAGUUAUCGAUGGUGAUGUACCUCACACAGUUCUAUGAGAUGUUCAAAGACACCAUCCCCUCUAGCGAUACUCUGGACCUGAAUGCAGAAGAAAAAGCUGCUUUAAUUGCCAGUACCAAAUCCCCCAUCUCUUUUCUCAGUAAGCUGGGACAAAGCAUCUCUCGGAAACGCACUCCAAAGGACAAAAAAGAAAAGGAACUGGAUGGUGCAGGAAAGAGGAGAAAAACCAGCCAAUCUGAGGAUGAGGACAUCCCACGAAGCUACAGAGAAGAAAGGCCCACACUGGUUAGUGCCCUGACGGAGAGGAGGAUUGAUGCUGCUGUUGGGAAUCAGAACAAAGUCAAGUCCAUGGCAACCCAGCUACUGGCCAAGUUUGAAGAGAAUGCACCAGUGCAGUCCUCCACCUUACGAAGACAGCAACCUGUCCUGCCUUAUCAAGAACGUGUUCACAACCAACCAUCCAGCAGACGAGAGCAAGGCCGUCUUGCUCCCAUACCCCAGUGGAAACAGAUGAGGAUUAAGGAACGUUCUCGGACCUGCCCCAAAAAAGUGAUCAUGCUCUCUUCUACUCCACCCUCCUCUCCACCGUAUCCCAGGCAGCAGAGAAACAGGGAACCUGAUGCCAACUGUCCCGGGGAGCAGAGUCCCAGACAGGAAAGGAGAUCUCCUCGUUUAUUUUCUGAUGACCAAGUGCCUGAGAAUGUUGAGCAAAGGGCAUGCCAGCUAGCUGCCCUCCGGGAGUCCAGACCUGCAGUGAGGCAUCAGCCUGAGACUGAACCGUCUCGCCGAUUCUUUGUUGACCAGUGGGAGCUCUCCCUUAGCCUCCGCUCUUCUAAUCGCCCUUCUUCACCUUCAUCUGACUCUCUUCGACAGAAGUAUAUAAAGAUGUACACAGGCGGAGUGAGCUCAUUGGCUGAGCAGAUAGCCAAUCAGCUUCAAAGGAAAGAGCAACCCAAAACCCUUCUAGACAAGAAGGAACUGGGCUCGCUCAAAAAGGAGUUCCCUCAAAACCUGGGAGGCAGCGAUGUCUGUUACUUCUGCCGCAAGCGAGUCUAUGUGAUGGAAAGGCUGAGUGCUGAAGGCAAGUUCUUCCACCGCAGUUGCUUCAAGUGUGAAUACUGUGCAACCACUCUGCGCUUGUCAUCUUACGCCUAUGAUAUUGAAGAUGGUAAAUUCUACUGUAAGCCUCACUACUGUUACCGACUCUCUGGUUAUGCUCAAAGGAAGAGGCCUGCAGUGGGUCCUCUGUCAGGAAAGGACACCAAAGGACCUCUGCAGGACGCCAUGGCAAGUGAUGGAAGUGGACGGGCAAAUACCAUCCCUACCUCAGCAGAGAGGGCCCCAGGUUCUAAUGUAAAUGGGCUGGAAGAGCCCAGCCUUGCUAAGCGCCUGCGUGGCACGCCUGAGCGGAUUGAGCUGGAGAACUACCGUCUGUCAUUGCAGCGAGAAGAGGAACUGGAAGAGGUUCCUGAAGAGACAUUAGCAGAGCAUAACCUGAGCAGUGUGUUGGACAAAGGAACAGAAGAGGAUGUGCCCAGCAGUAGUUCAGAGUCUGAGAUGGAGGAAGAAGAUGAGGAAGAAGAUGAUGAACUACUGCUGCCUCAGCAACCUCCUUCAGACUUAGGUGGUGUGCCUUGGAAAGAGGCUGUGCGUAUCCAUGCCCUCCUGAAGGGAAAGAGUGAAGAAGAGAUUGAGGCUGAGGAAAAUCAUGAGAUCGGGGACAAAGAAGAUGAGGAGGAAGAGGAGGAAGAAGAUGACGAAGAGGAAGAAGACGAGGAGUCAAGUGAAGAGGGGGAGUAUUGCCCUUGGGAGAGUGAGCUGCAGCAAGGCCUCUGGCUUCAACGUCUCUCAAAUGAAGAGGACACGGGUACAUUUAAAGCUGGAAACCUUAGACUGCAGCAGAUUGUAAAUCCGGUGGAUCCGCUGGAGAUCCUCGCAGAUGUGCACUGGACACACAUCCGUGAAAAAGAGGAGGAGGAAAAAAUGGUCCCAACCUCAAAAUCCUCCACCUCCAGAGCAUCCGACCUUCCCUCCGUACGCCAUGAGGCGGUACAGGCGUGGCUGGAGACGGUCCCUGGAGCUCCAUGUGAGGAUAAUGAUGUGGAAGAUGAGCUGGGCACAGAGCCUGCAGACACAGAAGGGCAGGCAGGUGAAGAGGGAGACACAGGUGCAGAGCUGGAUGAUGAUGACAUCCCAUCUGAUGCAGAAGCGGAGUUUCGCUUACAUCAGGUUGGCAUAGGAGAGCCAGAACUAAAAGUCUCUGAAGAUGAAGAAGAUGAAGAAGGAACAGAAGGUGCUUCUUGCAGUGUGACAGAAGAUCCAUGCAAGCCAUCCAUCCCAAUCCAGUCACCUAAUGACAGUGUUCUUCCUCUGUCUCCAGCUGAUAGUCCCAAAGCAAAACAAGCAGAGGCUGCAAAGGAUUGGCUGGCUGAAGUAUCCAAUGCAAUAAAAUCUCCAGAGGCACGCUUUUUUCCAGAGCCUUUCAUUCUUGAUGAAGGACCAAAGGAUGAAACUCCCAGAGACAGGAAAGUUAAGAGCCCUUUGGUGCCACCAUCUCCAGUGUUGUCCCAGCCGGUUGCAUCACCAGAAGCUGUCAUGCCUACAUCACUAACAGAGUCUCAGCCAGCAGCAUCAACAUUGGCUUCAUCUCCAACAUCUGCUCAAACACCUAUCUGUUCACAGCCUUUGCCUUCUGCUGAAACAUCCAUUCCAUCCCCAGUGGAACCUCCAGUAUGUUUCCAGCCUGUCCCAGCCCUAACAUCUACUCCUUUAGCCAAACUGGUCCUUAGAAGCCAGAGUAGUGAAGUCAAAAAGCUGGGGAGCCCUACUACUGCAGAAGAAGCCCUGAAACGGAGUAACCUUGUGGAAGAGUUUUGGAUGAAGAGUGCCGAAAUCCGGAGGAGCUUAGGACUCACCCCAGUAGACAGAAACAAAUGCUCAGAGACGAACUUUACUGUCUCUGCUCUUGAGACAACUCCUAUGAAGACUUUUAAUAGUGAGAAUGUUUCAGGGGAUGAAAGGAUCCAUCUUGUGAAACCCCAGCCUGCCCCAAGAAGACAGGGACUGUCCAAGUUAGAAAACGAGCAGAUUUCUCUGCUCACACCAAAAUCUCCAUCAGAAAAAGAGCUAAAGAGUUCCAAUGAAGUAAGGAGAGAUGUAUCCAGCAGUUCUGGACUUGGCCUUCAGGAGAGCUCAUCUAACAUGAGGACUAUGGCUAGCCAGAGCUUCAACACUUCUGACUCUACCAUGCUUACUCCUCCAUCAAGUCCUCCACCACCCCCUCCUCAGGAUGAAGAACCAGCCACUUUGCGUAGGAAGAGGCAUCAAGCAGUCUGGCAGAACGAGAUUGAAGCCAGGUCACCUCCAACACCAGCAUCAACACCUCCUGCUCCUACACGCCAUCAGUCAACCUCUGCUGCCAGAGAGUCAGCCCAGGCCAAAAAAGACGACGUGCGGAAGUCUUUUGCAGAGAGUGUGGAUGAAAUUCCAUUUGCUGAUGAUGUAGAGGACACGUAUGAUGACAGGACAGAGGACUCAAGCCUUCAUGAGAAGUUCUUUACGCCUCCUACCAGUAGGCCAAGGCCAGAGAAACCACUUCUUUUGCCCUUGGUCAAAGAAAAUGGUGGCCCACCCUCAAUGGAAGGAGGAGUUAACCAAAAGAAGAGAGUUUUGCCUGAAAUUUCUGUAGAAGCCAAGGAGCUUGCUGAAGAAAGAAUGAGAGCCAGAGAGAAGUCUGUCAAGAGCCAAGCACUGCGUGAUGCCAUGGCUAAACAGUUGUGUAAGAUGAAAGAUAUGGAGAUGGCUGCAGCUGCUGCUGCCGGGGGCACAAGGGCACGCAAGGCAUCUUCUGUGCCCUUGAAGACCAAAGAGUUGUUUUAUGAGUCUCCAAAGUAUUUGGGUUUGAAAAUGGCAGAGGGAUCCACACUAAAGCAUGAUGCUGCUAGUGAGAAGUUCUCCACUCCUGCUGCUGAUGUAGCUGGACCUGAAGGAUCUGUCACCUCUUCAGAAGGCUCCAGUGGGAAGAGUAAGAAAAGAACUUCUCUUUUCUCCCCUCGUAAGAACAAAAAGGAGAAGAAAUCAAAAAAUGACAGCAGGCUUUCUGACAAAUCUAGUGGUGGGACAGAGGAAGCAACAAAGCCUAGGUCGUUAUGGAAGUCUGUUUUCUCUGGGUAUAAGAAAGACAAGAAGAAAAAGACUGAUGACAAAUCCUGCCCAAGUACUCCCUCAAGUAGUGCCACUGUGGAUUCUGGCAAGCACAAAGCUUCUCCGUUGGUUACAGCUGCAGAUUUGCAGCUCCGUCAACACCUGAGUUUCUCAGAAGACUCUGACCUCUCCAGUGAUGAUGUCCUGGAACGUUCCUCACAGAAAUCCAGGCGAGAGCCGUUUCAUGAGAAAUUCUGCAUUUUCCAAGAGAUGCAGAAGAAUGAGUCGAUUUAUGUACCACACGCCUUGGCAUUCAAGAGAUCAUAUUCGUCAAAGAGAGCCUACACAGAAGAGGAACUGAAUGCCAAGCUGACUCGGCGAGUACAGAAGGCUGCCCGUAGACAAGCCAAGCAAGAGGAGCUAAAAAGGUUACACAGAGCUCAGAUCAUCCAGCGGCAGCUUGAACAAGUGGAGGAGAAGCAGAGGCAGCUCGAGGAAAGAGGGGUUGCUGUGGAGAAGGCCCUUCGGGGAGAAGCAGACUAUUGGGGAGAGUCUUAUUACAGUGACCUCAUCGACUUGCAUCUGGGUGUUGAGCCCAAUGCCGGGACACCACGUCGUAGACCUCUCUCCUUCUGCCCUUGCUGUGCCCAUGAAGGCAUGGGUAAGAAGGAUGAUCCCAAGCUGAUGCAGGAGUGGUUCAAGCUGGUGCAGGAGAAGAACGCCUUGGUUCGCUACGAGUCUGAACUGAUGAUAUUCGCUCGGGAGCUAGAACUGGAAGACAGGCAGAGUCGUCUACAGCAGGAACUCCGGGAGAGGAUGGCAGUAGAAGAUCAUCUGAAGACAGAUGAGGAGCUCUCGGAGGAGAAGAGAAUCCUGAACGAGAUGCUAGAAGUGGUGGAGCAGAGAGAUUCUCUUGUGGCUCUCCUUGAGGAGCAACGACUUCGAGAAAAAGAGGAAGACAAGGACCUGGAGGCAGUCAUGCUUUCCAAAGGUUUUAGCUUGAACUGGUCCUGAGCUUAACACAUUUACCUCUGCUGGUCUGUGUUGUCCAGUUGGCCUACCCUGAGUUCGCCGGAAUUACAUGGAUAGGAAGAUGUUGAAGGGGAACCUCUAAAGGGUCCAACAGCAUGCAGAUUUGGUUUGAUGCACUCAGAAGCCUCUUGAUAAGUGUGUUGGUUCCAGAAGCUUAAGUUUUACAUGUCUGCAAGCCAAGUUGAAGAUAAUGAGUUGAGACUGUGGAGUCUCCGUGAGGUCCUAUGCAAUGGACCGUACUUUGUGUGUGUGGUAGGAUGGAGGGAAAUAAUCCAUGUGUGGGGAAGGAGGUUAAGGGAAGACCUACCCUUAACUAAACUGGAUUUAUGUCAGUCCAUUCCUUUCCUGUUUUUAUCACACCAGUUCUAAUAAAAGGGAGGGAAGUGGUAACCCUCUCUGGAAAACCACAGCAGCCUGUAGCAGCCUGUAUGGUGGAGUCAGCUGUCCGAGAGAGCUCCAGGAGCCCAGGAUAACACCUUCUUUGCUUUAGUCUUCCUCCCCACCAAAGAAACCUGCAGUUGAUCAUCACGUGUGGAUAUGAAGAAAUAAGAGACGGAGAUGAUACUACUGGUAUGUGUUAUGGAACUCUGUGGCUCCUGAUUUUUAGAGAGAUCUGGGCAUCAGAGGACUCUCUCCCUGUCAUAGCCUCCUAAAUCAUCAUCAUCUUGUGGGGAAAAAAGGGAGAAAAAAAGAGAGGGAAGAUGCUCUUCUGCUUUGCUACACACUGGAGAGACAGCUACUGCUGGCCUUAAUCUUCACGGCCACAGCUUAGAGGCUGGUGGGCUUCUUCGUUCUGUUUUUGUUGUGACUGUUUUGACACUGGAAAAUACUGACUGUGGGACAGUGGUAAGUGUGUGCUGGGGCAGGGCUGUUACCAGGCGGCGUUCCCUGGCUGUUAGGCCCCUGCGAGGGAGAAGCCCUUCAGUGACUGAACCACCAUUAAGACUUUUCAGUGUUUUUAUUUUUUUUUUCUUCUGUAUUUUGUUUUUGCACAUUGGAAACGAAGCUUAAGACCUGCCUGGGCCCUCAGUCACUUUGACCCUUUUAUGUCAGUUAACUUAUUUUUUUAAUACUUGAAAGAAGAUUCAUUUUUGUAUCUUUUUGGGGAAAAAAAUGGACGAGUGAUGGGUGUGUGUGCCUGCUGCAUCCUACAACUUCCACUUCUAAAUUACUGGACGUUGUUACCUGUGGCUAUUUAUUAGUGUUCUUAUUAAUAAUUUGAUUGUUACACGUAUUUGAUUGUGGAGGGAGUGUUUUAACUCUAAUAGAGAAAGACACUGCUGCGGAUUGGUCCCUGCUCAACAGCAAGGGCAGCCUUCUUGGACUCACAGAUGCAUCCUGCCCUAGGACUUUUCCUUUGUGAUAAGAUCCUGCGGACUUGUAAGAAUCUAUUUGUGUUCCUAGCAUACUUUUCUUCUGCAUCCCAGAUUCCCUCUGUUGGACUAAUAAACCUAUAAUUUAUUUACACUUUACAUUUUUUAUAACAAGAAAGCCAAAACUGUGAGGUAGAAAUAUCCCUUAUGUCCUUCUCUCACUGAAAGAGGGGAUCCUCACACUCCUGAGAUACAGCUAGAGGGACUUCCAUGAAAACUGAGAUAGCACAUUUCCUGCUGCAUCUGUUGGAAGAAGCUCCUUUUGGCUCAGCUAUUGAAGUUGCUGCUUUUCAGCCUAGUGUAAUCAUACGUUAACCAAUGAGCAGGACAUGCACUGAGCAAUUCAGCACCGUUUGCUGUUCGACAGAUGCCCUGAGCACACUAGGUCCUUCACUUGUCCCACAGAGCUGAAACAGCACUGUGUGUUGGGUACGCAUCCUGUCCAUAACGUGAGGUUUAUGAGGUUUUCCCCCCUUGGGAUGCUGUGUUCUUUUCUUGUUAAAGAAGUACAUAACCUGCUCCCCGGUGUCUUUGAGGAAGUGUCCCAUUCCCAAGCAUAUUUGUACAGCAUACUGACUCUUACAGCUUGAACUUAAUGCUGUUGGUGCAAGGCACCAAAGCAGGGCCGAACAUCUCGUAAUAUUUUGCCCCUAGACAGAAGUGAGCAUGGUUUUUUGUUGUUGGCUCUCUACCUUUUCAAAGAGGUCUGCUGUAAGCCAGGGUCUAAGAUCUGAAUUCACCUCUUACUCAGGAUCAUACCUCAGGCUGAGGAAGAAUGGGUAGGACCAUCCCUGGGGACCCGAGUGGUGCUGGUUGUUAACUGUGGAAACGUGGGGUUUUUUGCCUCAAGUGUUCCCUCUUUAUCCCCCCCUAGUGUUUUCUGCUAAGGCAUCACAAAUUAAAUCCAGAUGCUCAAGAAACCAAGCAGAGGGGCAGCUGCAGUGCUACUUAGGAAUUGUGCGUGUUAGCAAGUGGUUCCUGCUGCAGCAGCAUCACAGAGCGUUGACUUACCAACACGGUGUCCAGCAAAGAGAAUUCCCCUGUUUGCCAGUGCAGGGGUCAGCUGCACAAGUCAAAUUGGCAACGGCUGCUUGCGUAGUCUGCAUUUGAGGGGCCAGUGGAAGCUGGAGAGAAGGAGGGGAGAAAGAGAAAGGUAGAUGCAUAGUUCAGCGUAAACUGUGUUGCACAGAAAAUUGGCUUCAGUCCAUUUUGUGGUGCACUAGGGAUAUGGAUGACAUCUAACUUUUAACAAAAGAUCAUUGAAUGUGAGCUGUAGAACAGAAAGAAAUCCUGAAGAAGAAAUAGCAGAUAACUCUCUUCCCUUUCCUGCUGGGGGAUGCUGGCCAGAUCUUUGCAGUGCCAAGGAGUGAUACCCCUUGAGGGUGUAACGCCAUACUGCAUGGGAAAACGCCAUGCUCUGAAGACGCCAUGCUCUUUAGGAUAUGCUGAAGUCCUCCAGCAGUGAGAAUGAAAAUGAAGAGCUAACAUCGCACACAGAAAUUAAUUAAAAACACAUGAAAGGGAAUGUUAAAAGGCCUUUUUAUAUCAAAAUGGUUGAAAAAGGCACAAUUUGUAUUUGCUGUUCAGUUGCACUGUAAGAAUGUGACUUGCAUAUCAGAUACUGGGGUUUUUUACUAUCUGAAUAUUUUUAAUUCAAAUUCUAUAUUUUUAAAGCUGAAGAAGGCUCUUGUGACCACAAGAUUCCUUAUUUGUAUCAGAAUCCAAGUAGGAUGUUCUAGCUCUUUGUGCUGCCCAGGUGGGCAGCAGCACGUGACUCGGCAGCCAUGUGCAUUCAAUGACGUGUGUCCACGCUCAUUUCACGUAUGAGGGGAGUGAAAAAUGCCCUCAGCUUCCAAGAAGUGGGCACGCCAGGGCAUCCAUCCCCACGUGACACGGUCAUCGUCCCUGCAGCAGGCAGGAGGAGAGCUGAGCUUGGAACCUAACAUGUUCAUUUUGAAAUGGGCAUACUGAGGAUGGGGCAAGCACUUCAGUGCUUUGUGGGGAAGGGAUGAGGGGAUACCACCUCUUGGAAGCACCCAGGAGGCAAGUCGGGAUGGGGGAGUGAGAACUGCCAAACCAGCCGAUCUUGCUUUUUUUCACAGUACAAUUCUUUUUUUUUUUUUUUUUUAACUGUUCUGUUUCUUUUAACCAUGUUUUCAUUAAAAUUCGCAAAUGGCUGUAAAAUCCUGAGCUUCAAAAAACUUUUUGUGGGGAGGUGAUAAGGGGUUUCAGCUCCAACUUCCAGACAUGUUCUUCCUUUCAGUUAACGAGUACCCCAUGGUCUUACUAGGGUACAAAACUGUGUUACAAACUGUGUUGCUGAACAUAUUUUAAAGCAAACAGCAAGGUUUAAAAGUCUGUCCUUCUCUCUAUCCGUCUCUGCGUUUUAUGUAAAUAUUUGUAUGUAAAGACACCAAUGGGUCCUUGGGUUACCCCCUACGGUCAAGAACCUGAGUUUUGUGCAAUGCCUAGGCCUCUUUUAGAACACGGUGCUUGCAUAGAGCUAGUCACCACGUUUGUGUGCACUCUGGUGGUUUUUAAUAUUUUUAUACAUCCUAAUCCUGAACAUUAUAAAGUAGUAUCAGUGGUCUAGACUGCAUGAUCUGGAGCAGCUGGGAGUUCUGUUUUCUUGGCAGCUGUUCCUAAAAUGUUCACAGCUACACCUUGUUUGGUCACGUUAUUAUAAAAAGAGUUUUCAUUUAAGUGUUUACACCAGACACCAGUGGAUGAGAAAGGUGUUGCAUUACAAAAUCUCCUGUGUACAGACUGAAAAGCUGCAGUAUGGCUUCAUGGGAAUUUCAGUCUUCAGUUUUUGCAAUAAGGAGAACUCUUAAAGCAUACUAAAAACCAGCCUGUAUAUAGUUCACAGAGAAAGAGGUCGCUGGCUCUCAACUGUUGCAAAAUAACAGAGAUUAGAAGCUUUCCAGAAGUUCCUGCUUUUGGAUUGCUCAGAGUACUGGUAUAGGCAGGGUAGCUGGGCAAAUGAGGAUGCCGCUGAAAGCAGAUGUGAAGGGGAGGAUGCCACGUUCUGAUGGCGCUGCAGUAAUUUGAACACUCUGUGUCUGUGCGUGUGUGUGUGUAUGUGUGUGUGUGUGUAUGUGUGUCUGCUUUGGCAUCUUCCCAUUCGUAUGAAAGUGAACUCUGACAUUCAGAUUGUUCAAGGCUUUUACGGUUGGCAUGUAUGGAGCAUUAACGGAAAAGCAUAUACCCUACCUGUAAAAAAAAACCAACUCUGUUCCAGCUUGUUUUCUUCUGUUUGGUUGUGUUUUAUCGUUUGGUUUUAUGCACACGUGCUUCAUCGGUGUUGAGAUUUUAGCACCUCAGACAGCCAACUGAACUAAAAGCAAAAAAAAAAUAAAGUAAUUAAUUAUUUUUUCUUUUUGUUGGUGGAGUUACCGUUUGUUUCCCUUAUGUUCACUCCCAAGGCUGAUGAUUAAAGAGGAAGCUGGGAGCUGAGGAAAGGUGAUCUUGAGGUUAAAGGGCCUGACUUGCUAGAACACUCAGAGCCCAUGUGAAUUAUCUGUGGUACCAACAAAUUGAUCUCAAUGCAGCCCCGGUCCAUGGUCUUCCUUUCCCCAUAUUUUAUGUUGUUUCUUCAAAUUCUCUGUGAGGAUAAAUUACAAUAGAUUGCCAAGAAGGGGGUGAAAGUAAUAUAAAUUGAAUUGUGGGUACUAGGAAUUUCUGUCGCUUUAGCCCACUUCCUUAGCCUGCAGUACUAGUGUGAACUACUGAUGCUGGUAUAUCACUGAGAUAUAUUAGUAAAAUAAGGAGUGAAUGACAGCAGUGCUUCUGUGCUGACUUUCUGUGUUUUUUUAAGCCUCCACCACUCCAUGCCUAUGUCUCAUUUGCUCUGUGCCAGCUCAGGAAGGUCAGCUAAGGGAUGGAUGUGCAGCUCUGGAGCUUUGCCCCAUGAACAGACUAGAAGGAUUCAGAGGUUCAACCUUACCAGCUCGUGUGAUAAGAAAAAGCAUCUUGUCCGGGUGUCUUCGGCUUGAAAAGGGCAGAUGUUCAGCCUAAGUGAUGGGUGCUGGGGUCCAGUAAACAUCGGGAGCUUGAAGCCCAGAGGAAUGACAUCCAGUCAGCAGCACUGCUGUCUCUAAGGAGACUGUGAGAGAAAUCGUAAGACUUCUGUGCCUUUUUUUUUUUUCAACAGGCAGAAGACACAGGAUGUUGUGGGAAAUCCCGGCUGGGGAAAUCCCAAACAAUGAGUCUAAUUUUCCUGCCCACCUAACCAUUUGCAAAACAAAGGAUAAAUUCUGGUGUUUGUAAAGUAGUUGGAUUAAAGCAGACCUAUUGUAUCAACAGGGGGGAAUGAGGGGCCUCCGAUUUCUUCUUGGGCAGGGCAGGGGAAUCUUGGGGACAGCAGGCUGUGCUGUAGGCAGCAGGAAUGACACAGCUCACUCCUUCCUUUGUGCAGUUCAGUGUUGGCAGUUGUUUGUGGAUAGUUCAAAUCCUACAGUUCUUUCUGUCCUUUUGGUCUCUUGCCUUCAAAUAGCAGUGGGAGAAAGCUGCAGUUGCCUAGGAGGGGCAUCCCUGUGGGGCCCAAAAGCCAGUCCGCAAGGAUUUCUCCCUUGAUGCCAAAAGAAAAAUAAAUAUAUGGAAAGUGACCAGUGGACUCUGGGACAGGAGACUGGCUCUUGCCCAUAGCUUAGGAGACCAGCCCUGUGACGCUUCAUCAUGGCUUUUUAAUUACACUGCAAACUUUUUAUUUCCCGACUUCAACUAGGGACCCAGAGAUUCUGCAAUUUUAUAGACUACAGAUGAACAACGAUGCUCUGAGAGACACCUUCCUGUAUUGCUUGCUUUGGCAAAGAGCCACGCUGGUCCUGUAUGGAUAGCCCUACGAGAUGAGCAUGGUCACACUUGCUGCACACAUUAGCCAUGAAAUAACACCAGAAAAAGGGCCCUCUAAAGAAGUCCCACCUCGGAAGCCCAGCACGGUAGCAGCUGCUGCUUUCCAUUAAUAAUGAAAGUAGCCUUCAGGAGCCUCUGACUCUUCUGCACGUGGUGUUAUUUGCCCUCGAAGCUGCCUCAGCCGCCCUAACAUUGUUCCCCUUGGCGUAGAACCGCCACCCUUCCCCAGCGAUUUGGGUUCAGCCCUGACGUACGGAAUAGCAUGGCAGUUACUGAGGUGGGAGCGUGAAAGUGCCCUCAGCUCUGAGGAAGAGCACAGGAAUAAGGAUGUCAAUGGGUUCACUAAGUAACAUGCAAAGCCAAGACUUGCCCAGAGCCUCUUUGGCAGCAGAAGACAUGCAUUAUGUUAUAAAGCUACUCGGCCUGGACAGAUGAUGGAUUUUCUCUCUACUGUGUUACAUGCCAGAAAAAAUUAACUACAGGGAAGUUGUGCCUAGCACCAAGAGCAAAGAGCAGGUGAAAAGCCUGGCAUUGUGGUUUCUCUGAUGUUUAAACAGUUUCUGAAAAGUCCUCACCUUGAGUGCUAUGACAGAUGCCUACACUAGCAAUUGCAUUUUUAAGUCCUGCAGAUAGGAGAACACACACCUAAUCCUGUGAGGCUACACAUCUCUCCAGGAAAAGUAUUCAUGGAGGAGAUUCCCUUUAAGAAUUCAAGCAGGGCAUCAAGCAGAGCACAUCUUCCUCCUUUAAAUCCUGAGCGUCAGCAGCAACAGAGCUGCUACCAGAAAAUAGGGUCCUGUGGCUGGUGAUGGGUGAAAACAGUGGCUGCUUGACCAUGUCACAGCUGGUGUCAUCCUCCCAGAAGGAGGGAGGGAGCCUCCUGAUUCAUUUGAUAAGUACUAGUUGAGGAAAGCGAUGAAGAAGUGCUUCCUUCCUUAGCCUGCUUGUAUCGCACUCAAAAUAAGGAAAGAAAAAAAAAAACCCGAACCGAGCUCCAGAAGAAGUACUGUGUUCCCUUGGCAUCUUUGCAGCAGUGUGAGUGCAUGCAGACAGCAAGGAUAUGGAUAAAUGAGUAUUUUGAGACUUGGAGAGUCUGUGGUGCUUUUCUGAAUGUCUCAGACACAGCAAUCAUGCAGUUUCCUGUAAGCAAUAGAGAAGGUCAUAUCUCUGCUAUUAUUAAAAAUUUCUACACAAAUAUACAAAAUAAUCUAUAGUAGAUACCAGAAAGAACAACAACAAAAAAGCAGUUUUCUCAAAAUAAAUGUAUACACCUUGGGCAGGAGGAAGAGAGUGUCCAUGUUUUCUCUACUUUGUCUAUACUGCUGACUUUCCAAGACCAACCUGAACAGUUUGAAAAAAACCAGAAAUUUCUCUCCAGUUCCUUGGAUUUUACAAAAGUCAGGAGGUACUUCCAUGUCACUUUUCUCCCCCUGCUUAACUUGUGCAUAGAAGCUACCCGAUGGGCUGGCCAACAUAUUGCUCAAACCUGAGUCAGAAUUAUUUUGGUUUUCAUUUCAUGGAAUGACAGGAAUUUUAAGAAGUAUCCUGUGAUCAGUGCCUUCAUGACGAAACACGCCUUGCCUUCUCCGUGUAGUAAAACAAAGCCUGAAAG